CACCUUCAACCACCCUCCACCACCAGCAGGAACGUUCAUUUACCGUUCAGAAGACUCCUUUCCUGCUUUGGGCUGUCUGAUAUCAGGUCUAUAUGCUUUCAUGACGUAUUGGCAACAGCCUGUACCAAUAAUCUAGAAUCACCUCCGCUCCAGGCUCCAAAAUCAGCUCGUUCCCCACUUCACCUACUGUCUCGCGACAUUCGUUGCUGCCUCUGUUGCCCUGUUCUCCUCUCCCCGACGCACUUUUGGGCUCAAAACAUCAUCUCAGAGAUAUCUUUUGACUCUGGGCUUGCUUCAUACUGUCUUGCUCGUCGGCAGCAGUGCUGACGACGUGUUGGAGGGAUGGAGUACCCACCAACGGAUGGGCAUACCGAGCCCUCAGCCGCGUACACGGGCCAAGGGCCGGGUAGUGGUAAUGUUGACUUGGACAGCGUCAGCGGAGCCUCGCUGGGCUUGAAUAUCAGGGUCGAAGAUCCUCCGAAGUUCGAACUGGAAUCAUACAUCGCGAACUAUACUGGCCGGACCAGGUACAAUCGACUAUAUGUCAUCGGCACAUGUUCAACAUAUCUAGCCGUCGAGGCACUGAAAGCCGCAAUUGCCGAAGCCCAAAGUGGCAAAGAUGUCACCAGAUACGAACGAGCGGUGCGGGCUCUUGCAGAGGUGGCGCCAAAUGAUCCCGAGGCUACACUUGACACGCACUGGGUGGACCACAUGCAAAAGGUCGUCAAGGCUGAAACAGACAGGUUAGAGCAUGAACUCAAGGGCUACAAGAACAACUUGAUUAAAGAAAGUAUACGGAUGGGCAAUGAAGAUUUGGGCCAGCACUAUUACCUCAUCGGCGAUCUUACGUCGGCAUCCAAGGCAUAUUCUCGCAUGAGAGACUACUGCACGACCCCGACGCAUAUCAUUUCGAUGCUUUUCAAGAUUAUCAAUGUGGCGAUCGAACGAGGCGACUGGUUGAGCGUGCAGUCCAACGUUCACCGAUUACGCAAUCUGCAAUCGAAACAGGACGAACAGUCCAAGGUUCAGCCGAAGCUGUCCGCCGCGCUGGGCCUCUCACAGCUGCACUCAGGGUCUUACCUGGAUGCAGCCAACAGUUUCCUCAACACGGACCCGGGCCUCGGCGAUUCGUACACGGAGGUGCUCACCUCCAACGACGUGGCCGUGUACGGUGGGCUCUGCGCGUUGGCGUCGAUGGACCGCCACGAGCUCCAGCACCGCGUCCUCGACAACAACUCCUUCCGCAACUUCCUAGAGCUGGAGCCCCAGAUCCGCCGCGCGAUCGCCUUCUUCUGUAACUCCAAAUUCCGCUCCUGCCUGGAGAUCCUCGAGGCCUACAGGGCGGAUUACCUGCUCGACAUCCACCUACAACGCCACGUUCACACCCUCUUUACUCGCAUCCGCACCAAGUCCAUCCAGCAAUACCUCAUCCCGUUCAACCGCGUCACCCUAGAUUCCAUGUCGAAGAUGUUCGCCCCCGGCACCCUGACCGGAACCGCCGGCGGCGGCGGCAGCAGCAGCAGCGGUGGCCAGCAGCAGAGCGACGCGGACAUGGACCUCAGCCACCCUUUCGUGCAGGAGCUGGUCACGCUAAUCCAGGAUGGCACGCUGGACGCCCGCAUCGAUCUGGAGAAGAAGGUGCUGGUCGCCAACCAGGUCGACCUGCGAACCGAGUUGCAGGAAACCGUUCUCAAUGAUCUGGAGGAUUAUCUGCAAGAGGCACACAUCCGCUUGUUACGCACCAACAUCAUUCGGGCUGGGUUGGAGGUCCGGGCCGACGACAAGCCCAGGGAAAUGCGUGGUAAGAGGUCCGACGGGUUUGGGUCCGCCACCUUGUCUCGGGGCGCGGGGUUGUUCCAAUGAAAGCCGUGAUUUUGGAGGGGUGGGCGCGUAUGUUGCAGAUAGGUCAUCACCUAAGCCAAGUAGUCAGUGGUGCUACAUCACUCGUACUAUUCUCUCUCUGCACGGGUUUAAUCUUUUCUCGGAAGUUGCGACAUAGUGUCCUUUGCAGUGUGGCUCUCAACCCCUUUCCCCCGGUGUAGUGGAAAUUAAUGGCAAAUAGUGGUAAUGACAUUAUUUUAAAGAGUAAGCGCACAGAGUGACAUUGUACAUG